AUGGCUGUGAAUGGUGAGCUUGUCGGAUUUUUUCCAGGGAAGAAAGGGCUUCGGCAGGGUGAUCCGGUGUCGUCCUCGCUCUUCGUCCUAGCUAUGGAGAUUUUGUCUAAGCUUCUCGACAAGGCUGUUCAUGACCAUGUGUUUACUCCGCACCCUUCUUGCAAUCAGCCCCUAAUUACCCACUUGAGCUUUGCGGAUGAUGUUCUCAUUUUCUUCGAUGGAUCUGCAUCCUCUCUCAGCGGAAUUCUUACUGUCUUGAACUCGUUCCAGCGAUCUUCUGGUCUUGCUCUCAGUCUCCGCAAGUCCUGCCUUUUUCUUGAUGGGAACAACCUUCCGUUAGUUCGUGAAAUGGCUGGUAGAUUUGGCUUGCAGCAAGGAUCCCUUCCGGUGCGUUACUUAGGUUUGCCCUUGAUGCCCCAUAAGUUACGAGCCCAAGAUUUUCAACCUCUGGUGGAUAAGGUGAAGGCUCGCAUUUCUACAUGGACAAUUAGACAUUUGAAUUUCGCAGGCCGUCUACAGCUUAUUCAAUCGAUUUGUAACGCCUUUCUUUGGAGUGGUGCUCCAAAUUCUGCGAAGAGUGCUAAGGUGGCUUGGGAUUCGGUUUGUACACCAAAAGAGGCUGGCGGAUUAGGGCUUAAAAGACUGCAUGACCUAAAUCAGGUUUUCGGACUUAAGCUAAUCUGGCUCCUCUUUGCUGGUAAUGGCUUGCUUUGGGUGAACUCUGGAACUCUUGCUUCCUUUUGGCACGACGAUUGGACUCAUUUAGGACCCCUUAUCGACCUAACGGGGACAAACGGGCCAAGAAUCACUGGUAUUCCUUCAUCAUCGACCGUUGCUGGUGCCUGUUCGAAUGGAUCUCCUCCAGGUCUUUUCUCUACCUCGAAGACUUGGGAUCAGUUACACCCCUCUCCUCCUCCUGUUCCAUGGCACAAAGCAGUUUGGCCAAAGGUGAGGAUUCCUAAACAUGCUUUUAUUUUCUGGGUGGCAACCAUGAAUAGAAUGCCUUCGAGAGACAGACUUCGUAGUUGGGGGCUUAACGUCCCAGCUGAUUGCCUGCUUUGUGGAAGCUGCUCCGAGAGUAGAGAUCAUCUAUUCUUCUCUUGUUCGUACUCUGCCGAGCUCUUGUCAUCUAUUUUCUCUUAUUCGGGUAUCCACCCCCCGUUAUCUUUUGAUGCUUGUCUGGAUUGGAUUAUGUCCCCGUUAUCUCCAAACAAGCUCAAAGUCAUUGCAAAUCUGGUUAUUCAGUCGGUGGUUUACUCUUUAUGGAAAGAGAGGAAUGUUCGACUUCACUCGGCUACUUCCAAUCCGGUUCAGGUGUUAAUCAAGGAAAUUCAUUUGAUCCUUCGAGCUAAGUUGGCGAGUCUGGAUCGAGCUGAUCAUAGACGCCUAAUCCCGGGACGGCAGAUCUUCGCAGAUUCCUACCUCUACAACUGGUUCAGAUUCUUCCAGUCAUAG